CACCCUCGACCUCUAUCAACUAUCACGAACAUAAUAACAAUCCCUCGACUUGGGAUUGCUAUUGUAAUUGAUACUGCGUAUCUUCAUCGUUUCGAGACCUCGAUUCAUUCAUUCGCUUAGUUUUCUGUUCUGUUUCCGACGUAUCUUUCGCAAUUCUCGACUUUCUUGCAUUAUCCGAGUUGUCGCCCUAGUUAGUAUACACACAAACACGUCGCGACACCGCUCAAUCCGUUGCGCUUUCUGUCGGCUUCUAAAUUCGCUACCAACCACGCUAUAUACCGAUUCCCUCGAGGUUAUGGACUCCGUCGGACAAUAGAGCGUAUGCGCCGUGUCGGAAGACGAUUUAUCGUCGGUAGUGGUACUUCAAAGUUGAACGUAGUCGAGACCGAGGCGCAUUAUAUUGCCUCGGUCACUGCAUUCGAUUAACCAUGAAGAUAUCAUCCCGCCACAGCUUUGCUACGCGUAGCAAUUUCUCAAUGUCGUCAUCAUGGCUUCUCACCCUCGCCACCUUUUCAUCAUUCUCUCAUGCCAUCACCUUUAAUUCGAUACCAGACGCGGGUCUCGACACACGCCAACUGGGAAGGGUCGGAAUCGCUGGUGACUUUAGUGGCAUUUCCCUCUACCAAUAUGAAGGGCAAACCGAGCAGCCAUUCAACACGAAUGGAUCCGAACAACUUCUGACUCGCCUUCCGAAUGGCCUCUUCGUCAGUCUUCUAGAAGCGGACGCAUCCAUCCAGACCAUGUGCUCCUUUCAAGGACAGGUCAUCCUAGGUGGUAAUUUUACUAGUUUAGGCGGAGUCCAGUCACCUGGAAUUGCUUCCUUUGAUCCCAAUACCUCUAAGGUCACACCUAUAGCUAAUCUUUCCGGUCAAGUUAACAGCUUGUUCUGCGAUGAUGCAGCUGACAAGGUCUAUGUCGGAGGUAGUUUCAGGGCAGCCGAUUCAACUAAUGCGAUAACAUGGCUGGCAUCAAAAAACUGGGCAAGCUUGCCAUUUGCUGGUUUUAAUGGACCUGUGAACUCGAUCACGAAGGCACCCAGCGGACAUAUCGUAUUUGGUGGUAGCUUCACCGGCCUAGGAAACACGAGUACACCGAGAACGCCCGAUGGCCAGAUUAUCAAUCUUUCUACUGCGACUAUCCAAGCUGAUUCGGGCACAUCAACAGCAGGCUUCAGUGACCCCAAGAAUAUUGUUUGCAAAACCGACGGGGUCGAUGGCUCUGGCAAUACUUGGUUAUUAGCAGACAACACUGCGGGAGCCUGGAAGGCCACUUUCAAUUUCGGGUUCGAACCUACUAAGCUCCGGCUCUGGAACACUCACCAGGAUGGUCGGGGAACAAAGAAAUGGAGGUUUACUGCGCAGCCAAUUAAUGGAAUCAUGAACUUUACCUAUAUUGACCCAGCAACUCAACAGAAUCUCACAUGCACGAGUGAGUGCCCUCUUAGCGACGACCCCUCGGUAAAGUUCCAGGACUUCCACUUCGUCAACCGCAUCGGGAUGAACGCUUUCAGUAUUGACGUAUCUGCGUGGUACGGUAAUGGUGGCGGCUUAAAUGGCGUUGAAUUAUUCCAGGAUGAUAUCUUCGCUUUUGCGAUCAACGAUUUCAACGAACCAAGCUGUGCCAAUACUUCGACUCCUUCAACGGCUACAGCCACAGGUCCCUGGUCUACAACUACUUCUGGGCAGAGCAACUCUCAAUACCUGUCGGCUGAGUUAUCGAAACCCGUUGCUUCAGAUGCAGCUUCCGUUGUUUUCUACCCCGAUAUCAGGGAAUCAGGAGAAUACAUCAUCAAAUUGUACACACCAGGCUGUCUCCAAGACAACACCUGUUCCACACGUGGCCAAGUCAAUGUAUCAGGGACACUAUCCGCUAGUGGUACCAAUCGAACAUUAGCCUCCCGGAUUCUCUACCAAACCAACGAGUUCGAUAAAUAUGAUCAACUUCACAUUGGAUCCGUCGAUGCGAGCUCGAGUUCUUUCCGACCUAGCAUUACCCUAACUCCUGUUCCUGGCCAAGCACAAUCCAUACCUGGUGACAACUUCGUCAUGGUUGCUCAGAGGGUUGGAUUUGAGUUGCUCAAUUCUACGGGAGGUCUAAAUGGAUUGUUCGAAUAUGACCCAAGCAGUGCUACUAUCGAUACAUCGAAUUUCUCCAGCUCUGCUUUCGUUAAGCUUGGCUCUUCGUUCUCGAAUAAUUCUGCAGUGGCAUCACUAGUCGCUACCAGUGAUAGGACAUUUGUUGGUGGCAACUUCACAUCUGACAAUGUACAAAACAUCGUUGCUAUCGACAACAACGGCCAGACUAUAGCUCUAGAUGGUGGCCUGAACGGGGAAGUCUUGACGAUGCAUCUGGACGGAAAUCAGUUAUUCGUUGGCGGUAGAUUCAACAAUACUCGGCAAGGGUCUACAUCAGGAUUAGGCAAUGUUGCUGUUUAUGACAGCACAGCCAAUAAAUGGACCUCGCUCGGAGCGGGUGUGGAUGGUGCCGUGAUAAGUAUUGUGUCCACCACACUGAAUUUGAGCAGCAGUACAGCAGAAGAUGUCCUCACUUUGACUGGAGAUUUCUCACACCUGCUCGCAUUUGGCAGCAACACGGCUGUUGAGGUUAGCGGGUUUGCCAUUUGGGUCAAGUCACAAAGCAACUGGCUACAAAACUUGAAUACGACAGUCCCGCUAGUGAGCGGUGUGCUUUCGACGUCAUUGGCUUUGUCAGGUAAUGAGACCCUCUAUGCUGGUUCUAUAUCUUCUCAGCUUUUGCAAGCGUAUGGCGCUGCAACUUUCUCUGAUGGAUUUGGCAAGUUCCCUAUCAACAUCCAGCCAUCAGCAAGCAUAUCCAACAGCUCCACGAGCGGACUCUCCAAGCGCGCAAGUUUGCUCAAUAGCACUGCCACUAUUUCUGGUGUUGUUACUGGGGCAUUCUACGAAAAUGACGGGAGGAACAUUACAAUUCUUGGCGGCCACUUCGUUGCGAAUGCGUCUAAUGGAUCGACUAUCUAUAAUCUAGCCUUGAUUGAUGGUGCGAACUCCAACACCGUGACAGGCCUAGGCACGGAAAUAUCUGUGGACUCUGUUUUCCUAUCACUCGCAGUUCAAGGCGAUAAUUUGUAUGCUGGUGGGCGAGUAAACGGUACAGCUCAAGGAUCCGAUGUCAAUGGCCUCAUCUCAUAUAACCUCGCGUCAAAGUCGUUUAACAACCAGCCUCCAGCUCUGGUUGGCGAUAAUGUCACUGUUUCCUCAGUCAAUGUCAGGCCAGAUAGUUCGGAUGUUUACGUCGGCGGGUCUUUCGACAGAGCCGGAUCACUUCCCUGUCCCAGCGUCUGUCUUUUCAGCACAUCGACUAACCAGUGGAACCGACCAGGCUUUGAGCUAGGGGGUGAUGUCAAUUCUAUGAUGUGGUCGAGCAAAACCGUUCUAUUUGCAGGUGGUAACUUGACAAUCAACGAUACCGCAACGUACCUGGCAUCCUACGAUGCAUCUGGCAACCAUUGGACCGCCUUUUCGGGCGCCUCAGAUCUUCCAGGCCCUGUAAUUGCUCUGACCGCUGCAAAUGGUGGUGGCGAUGAAGUCUGGGUUGCCGGUACCGAGCCUAACGGCUCGACAUAUCUCAUGAAAUAUGACGGUUCAUCUUGGAAGACGGCGGCCGUUGCGCUUGACCAAACCAGCGUAGUCAGCAGCUUGCAGAUGUUCACGAUAACGGGAUCACAUGACUCAUCUGAUCUCAUUGCUUCCGACCAGGUCUUGUUACUUACAGGCUCUAUCGGAAUACCGGGCUUUGGAACGGCAUCGAGCGCAAUCUUCAACGGCACUACAGUCCAGCCUUUCGCUCUCACAUCAAAGAUUGAUGGCACGACUGGUUCGAUCUCUCGAAUUUUCGUCGAGAAGGACAACUUUUUCGCCACUUCAAGUAGUGGUAUGCCGCGCGUAUUUGUUGCUCUAAUCGGGUUGGCUAUCUCUUUGGGAAUUAUGGUACUCAUUGUACUAGCCGGCCUUGCAUUAGAUCGAUAUCGCAAGAAGCGGGAGGGUUACAUCCCCGCCCCGACAUCCAUGUUCGAUCGCGGCAGUGGCAUACAACGAAUACCUCCACACGAACUACUUCAUUCCUUAAACCAAGGUAGACCUGGAGCCCCGACUGUGUGAGAAGUACCGUCGACACGGUCUUAAUAAUAUUAAAUCCUGGCAACCGAAUCUGUCUUGGAUAAAGGGCGUAUUCUGCACCAACCUGUCAUUUGAUUUGUCCGGUGUUGCCCCGAAAAAAGUCACAAAACUAGACCUGGCCUCGCUGAGAUCCAGGAAAUCGAUACUACACCAAAGAUAC